CUUUCCCUUCCCCUUUCUUCUUUUCUUGCCGCGUACCUCAAUUCCUCCCUCUUCAUCUCCUACCCUCUUAUCAAUUGAUUGUCCUACCUCAGCAUCAUCCUCUCUUAUCUUCUCCCAAUUCUCUCUAGUCUGUGAGACUAUUCGCAAUCUGUCCACUACUUGUACAGUAGCAGAUCUGGGGCCCCUUGCCGUUUCACUCCCCAUAUUCUUGUUUCCCUUGUCUUUUGUAUGACUAUUACCUUUAACACGAGCGUAUCUAUUUAAUUUUCUUGUUACUUAAUUUUUUUUUUUCUGUUCUCUGUGUGCAUUUUUAUUGUACAACCGUCACCAUGCGUGCCACCGACGCUAUCUAUUACAUGUUCCACCCCAACCAGUUGAGAUCCAUCAUUCAAUGGAAAGUCUGGCACAACCCUGUCCAUGAACGCGAUGAAAAGAAUGAAACAGAAACGCAGAAGGCUUGCUUCAAGUUUCUGGACAUGACAAGUCGGAGUUUCAGCGCGGUGAUCAAAGAGCUUCAUCCUGAACUGCUACUGCCCGUAUGCGUCUUCUACCUGACACUUCGCGGUCUGGAUACCAUUGAGGAUGACACGUCAAUUCCUCUCGCGACCAAAGAGCCACUGCUACGUCAAUUUAAGGAUUUCCUGGAUCAGGAUGGCUGGACUUUCGAUGGCAAUCGCCCCGAAGAAAAGGAUCGUGAACUGCUGGUUCAGUUUCACAAUGUUAUCACUGAAUUCAAGAACAUGAAGCCGGCCUACCAGGCCAUUGUCAAGGACAUCACCGAUAAAAUGGGCAACGGCAUGGCUGACUAUUGCCGAAAGGCGGAAUUGGAAGAUGCCAGUGUCAAGACAGUGGAGGAAUAUGAUCUUUACUGCUUCUAUGUCGCGGGCUUGGUGGGUGAGGGUCUGACUCGCCUCUUCGUUGAGGCUGAGUUCGGCAACCCAGCGCUGAUCACACGUGUCCGUCUACACAAGUCCAUGGGACUCUUCCUGCAGAAGACGAACAUCAUUCGUGACGUGCGGGAGGAUAAUGACGACGGCCGACGAUUCUGGCCCAAAGAAAUUUGGUCCAAACAUGUUGCUGAAUUCGACGAUCUGUUUAAACCAGAGAAUCUCGAAGCUGCUCUCAACUGCGGCUCGGAAAUGGUUCUUAAUGCUCUAGAGCACGUUGAGGAGUGUCUGUUCUACCUCGCAGGGCUGCGUGAGCAGAGUGUUUUCAACUUCUGCGCUAUUCCCCAGUCUAUGGCUAUUGCUACCCUGGAGCUUUGCUUCCGUAACCCUGACAUCUUCAAGCGCAAUAUCAAGAUCACCAAGGGUGACGCCUGUAGUUUGAUGACCGAGUCAACGCAGAACCUUCAUGUUCUUUGUGGUGCCUUCCGCCGGUAUGCGCGUCGGAUCCACAAGAAGAAUACUCCCAAAGACCCUAAUUUCCUCAAGAUCAGCAUUGUUUGCGGCAGGAUUGAGAAGUUUAUGGACACCAUCUUCCCUCAGCAGACUGCUGAAGAAGCCAACCGCAAGGUGGUUGGCGAGCUAUCUGAAACCGAGAAGGAGAAGGCCAGACUGGAGGCUGAAACGCGCCAGGACAUGUACUUUAUGUUGGCUUUGAUGGGAGUUAUUGUGCUCAUGGUCUCUAUUAUCAUGUUUGUGACUGCCUGGUUAUUGGGCGCACGCUUUGACCUCGCGUGGCAGGAGUUGAGAAACGGCAACUUCCGCCCUCCUCCCCACCUUCGUGAGGAACUGUAAGCCUAUGUUACGGAUUUACGACACUUUUACUUUAUCAGAUGACUGCGGAUGGAAUUGUUUAUAUUACCCUUCCUGCCAUUCCGCUAUACGCUUAAGUAAUAACGAUAAUAUCUUCCUCCUUUCCUUGUCCUUUCUGCUUACCGCUACCUACUUGCUGCGUGAGAACAGUGUCGAACCAACUAGCACGGAUGUCAAAUUGCAAUCUAGCCCUUUCAUGGCUGUGGUUGUGCCGAAGAAGUGCUGAUAUCGAAUGGAGAUUUCUCCAAUCAGUGACGUACUAGAUGCGUGUCCUGCAGCUCUGCUGAGAUGGCAAACAUCCAUUGACGAUCUGAAACAUUCUUGUACUCAAUCCUUGUAGUGCUGCGUAUCAGCGUCUUACUUAGUAUGCUAGUUGAAUGCCAUUGAUUUACGAAUUGAUCUUGCUCUCCAUCUGUAGCACGUUCGCUAUGAUAUGAUAAUAAUAGGCUUCUGCCAACAAACACCACAGCCAUUACACUCUUUCCCAUAUCUGCGUGCGGAGUAUAUCCAUCACCCCCAGCUUCACACCCCAACCAAACCCACCAACGAAACCCCCAAAACCCCGAGUCCACCCCCCUCCACCCCCCUCGCAGCCUCCAUAAACUCCCCAACCGUCAACCUCAACCCAGCAU